AACAGGUAGAAAGAGAUGGUGAUGAUAACGACCAGCGCUUUGUUCUCUGGAAGCUGUCAUGCCUCAGUGGCCCAUGAGCGCCACCACCCUGAGAGCUGCCCUGAGGCGGUGCAGUCCUCCGUCAGGUCCUCACUGUCAGGAGCACAGCGGCUCCACCAGCACCCGGACGUCCGCCGUGCGUCCAAACCUCAAAGGACUCCGGGGGUCCGGGAUCUAGAGGGCCUUCUCCUGCACCGAACACCACCUCCAGGCAGCCGGAUGGGUGAGAGUAACUGUGCGUGGAACAGGAAGUCCGUCCUCCACAGAGACUCCAUGCUGGCGGCGGCGGCUAUCUACCAAGAGAUGUACGGCCACCCAGACGGCGGCGUCCCCGCCACCUUCCACGUCCUCUACAUGAUUGGCUGGAAGCCUCACGAGUCCCAGGCCCGGCCGGCCAAGCGAGGGUCCGCUACGGUGUCGUUCAGCGACCUGACCCAGGUGGGCCGCACCGUCACCAAGGAGACGCUGUAGAGACGCCGGACCCCGGCCAGAACAUUCUAUUCAUGUUAUAAUAACGUACAUAGUGUGGGAUUUAAGGUGUUGGCCUUUUUAAAGAUGAACUGCAAUAAACAAGCUUUGAGAGUGAAAAAAAUAGUGUUUUUAUUAUAGAAUGAGAUAUUUAAAUUCUGAAUCGUGCUUAUAACACAUGCCUCCUCCUGUUUGUGUAUAUUGUUGACAUGAUGUAGAUGUUUAUAGAUAUAUGAUAUACUUUCAUAAUAAAAAAGCUUUUUUCUGCUCAAAAGCAGAAGAAGCGUGAUGCUCAGGGUUAAGACGCGCCCUUGUAGGCUAAGUUCCUCAAACAUUGAGGUUGAUGUCAUUGAUUGCUGCGUUGCACAAGAUGAAGGUCUACGGCUUGAUAGCAGUGGCUGCGUGGCUCGUUCAGGCUCUGCAAGGGUCCCCUCUCGAGGUGCACGUGUCUGAAGGGAAGACGGUGGAGCUCAAGUGUCUUCGCGUCUCUGCACUCCCAGUCGGGUGGCAAAAAUACCAGGGAGGAAGCCUGAUCCCCCUGCUGGACCACAACGAGGACGGACACUUCAGCCUGGCCGCGGACAACCGCUCUCUGACGGUGCAGCGGGCGCGAAAAGAGCACAGCGGCCUGUACUACUGCCAGAGUAGGAAGUUAGCGUACCUCACGGUGGAUCCCCCGCUUAAGGAGGAUCAACCAGGAGCCUCGGAGGAAAAUGAGGCGGAGGAUACGAACACAUCGGUACUGGGAUCGGCUCACUACUGGGGGAUCCGGGUGGGCGUGGCCGUGGCAGUAGGCGUGGCGGUGGGCGUGGUACUGGGAGCUACCCUGGUCCUUCUGAUUCAAAGGAAGAACCGUUCCACGACAACGCUUCAGAACCACAGGAGCGACCCUACACCCGACCCCGUCGUGACCUCUGCCCCGACCUCUGACGGGGUGUAUGACGAGGUCCCGGACCAAGACGACGUCCUGUGACGGGAAUCAGGCGGUGGAAACGUUUAUCAGCUGGCCUAUGCCCCGCCCCACGGUAACCAGCUCUACGCCGCUGUUGAUAAACCCAGGAGCGCUAGCCCGCAGCGCUAGGAAACUACGCUACCCUCUGCUGCUCUCUAUUGGAGAGAAUUCUGACCAAUCACAUCCCUCCUGUGGGGAAAAUUAUCUGCUGUAAUGUUUCAGAUAUCUGGUAUUUCGUGUGGGUGAUUAUGAGGGUCUUUCAUCCAUUAAUAUAAUUUUCUGAAUAAAAUGUUAUUUUAAAUCAA